GGAAAUCACUCUUGACUUCGUCCCGUCAUGUCCUCUGACCUAUCGACACAGCUCCUGCAUGAUUUUCCUGAGCUCGCUCAUCUAUCUCGUGAAGACUUGGAAGACUUGCUUUCCGACCACACAUAUUUCCAAGCUGUAUUCCACUCGCUUCCUCGUGUCAAGGCAAUGUUUCAAGCCCAGGCUGAGCUUGGUAUGGCAAACGAGGCAAUUGCUAAGAACAAUCUGACGCUGCAAGAUAGUCUGUAUGCCUUGCGAUCAGAGACCAAAGAAGCGUUCGACGAAUCCAAGGCUCUUGAGGCCAGAUGGAAGGAGCUGGAGAAGGAGCAAAAGGACGUCUACCAGCGCUUCACGCCUCAAUUCUUGCUUAUGCGACUCCGACAUGCUACGACGGCUCAAGACGAUGCCUCAGAAGCACUUGCUUCCGCCUUUGUCCAGCAGCAGAAACCGAUAGUGGCCAAUUCUGAUUCAUCAUCGGGAACUGGCACACCAAACGGGAGAGAUAUUGACGACUUUGUCAAGGAGUUCAAGGAUUUGCGCAAGGUAUAUCAUAAGCGGGUCAUAUGGGGUGAUCGCUGGGCAAAUGGCCGAGUUGUUUGGAGAGAUGACUGAAGGACUGGAUGCUAAGGCCGGAACAUAGAAACACGGGCGAGUCUAUUUCUCCGUGAAAUGUACUUCCACAAAACAAAUUCUGACCUUGAUGGCAAGAUAGAUUAAUCAGCAGAGUAAG